AUGGAAUUCGCCUUAACAGCAACUAUGUUUAGUUUCUUUGGUUGGAAUGUUUAUUUGUUAAUAAAAAAAUAUAGAGAAAGAUAGCGGUAAAAUUACUUGUAGAACUUAAUUGAUUAAGAAUCUGAUUAUCUCAUUAUGAAUGUGGCUCCAUACAAAAAAAUAAAAGUGAACGAGGAUAAACAAGCAAUAAUAAAACCAAUUUAUACAGAGGAUGCAGAUUCAAGUUCAGAUGAUUUUGAACUUAUUUCCUAUCGUAGAAGGAAAACAAUUUUAGAGAAAGUAAAAUAAGAAAAUUUUCAAGUGCAAACUUAUAUUGAAAAUACAAAACCCUUUGAUAUGUUACCUGUUGAUAACGAAGGGGAUAGCAAACUAAAUAAAAGUAACAAGGAAUUCUCUUUUACAAAUUAGAACCAAGAUGUAAACGAAGCGAAGAGACUUAGAAAAAACUCAAAAAUUAAUAUUGAUGAUUCUUUCCCUCUGGAUAGCCCAAAAUAAAUUCUCCAAAAUUCUAGCAAUAAGGUUUCUGACAAAAAAAUAACAUAAUUUGAAUCUUCGAACUUAAAAGAAAUACCAGAAAUCUAAGAUUCUAAGUAAGAAUCUGAUAAUUGCAUAACAAGUGUUAUUACUCAUGCUGAAUAGAUUUAAGAUGCUUAAGGCUUAGCAGAGAAUAAAAAUGUUUUAUUGCAAUUUCCAAUUUAGGUGUAAAAUACUCAUGGCUAGACUAAAGAUUAGCAAAAUUAAUUAAAUGGGGUAUAAGAGAAUAAUAUUUUUGGCAAGUUAUUGUUUUAGUAAAAACCUAAUGAAUAUUAGCAAUCAGCGUAUCCAUCUCCUAAAGUUUAAACAUUAUAAUCACCAUAAUAAAAUAAUAAUCUAUUAUUUUAAAAAUAAAAGGCAAAUAAUGCAAAUGAUGUUAUAUAAUUUUAAUUAAAUUAAAUACCCUAACUUCAAACACAAACUUCAAAUAAUGGCUUAUAAGUUGUGGAUAAUUAAUAAUCAUAAUUAUAGUAAUAAUAGCCUUAACCUUAACCUUAAGAAUUAUAAUAACCAUAAUUAAUAAGAUAAUAAUAGCAAAUCUCCUUAUUUUAACAAAGUUAAACUCAACCUCCUAAUAUGAUUUAAAUUCCUGAUCUCAGUCUUGAUUAAUAAAAUAAAGAUAAUUAAAACGGCUCAAGUGUCAACAAAAAUUUAUUCCCAUCAAACUUCACAUUUGGAAUCAACUUAAGUGUUUAAACAAAUUCAAAAGGUGGAUUAUUUGACAGUUUGUUAAAUAAUAAUAAUGCUGAAUAAUUAGAAAAUUCAAAAACAACAUCCAAUAUAAAUCAAGAUUAAACUAAUAAUAAUCAAUAAAGUUUGUUUUUAUAAUAAUCCUAACCUGCUUAGAGUAUUUCAAUUUUACCAUAACCUAACAUGGGAACUUCCUUAUUUGGUAAUACACUGUCUGCUCAAUAACCAAAAGAACAAGUCCAGUAGAAUUAAGUAGGUGGGCUUUUUAAUUUUAGUUUAAAUACUCAAACUGGAUGUAAUUUAUUCCAAAAUUUACAAAAGAACUGA